AUGGCUAAAGGAUUUGAGACAUCUGAAUCAAUUAAACUACCACCAGAGUUACGAUCAAAGCUUAUCGAUAUCGAAAAUCAGUUCAAUGUCUCAAGCGAGAAGCUCAAGCAAAUUACCCAACAAUUCGAAAAAGAGUUACGAGAGGGUCUUGAAAAAGAUGAAUCUAAUAUUGCUAUGAACAUAACAUGGGUUCUUGGACUUCCAUCCGGUGACGAAAUUGGCGAAUACGUUACGAUUGAUCUUGGCGGCACUAAUUUACGCGUAUGUCGAGUUGCAUUAAGAGGACAGCGUAAGGAAAUCGAUAUUAAGCAACACGUUUAUCGCCUUCCUCCGUCAAUAAAGACGGGAGGCGCUCAACAACUAUGGAACUUCAUUGCAGAUUCCCUAGACGAAUUCAUCAAAUCGCAUCAAAUUAUAGCGAAUCGCAAUGAUCGACUACCUCUAGGGUUUUGUUUCUCUUACCCGGCUUCUCAGGAUGCUAUCGACCAUGGCAUUUUGAAGACAUGGACGAAAGGAUUUGAUAUUGACGGUGUCGAGGGCGAAGACGCCGCGGCACAACUAAAAGGUGUCUUAGCUGAGCGGGGUUUACCUUUAGAACUUGUUGCUCUUGUAAAUGAUACGACUGGAGCGAUGGUAGCCUCAGCUUACAAGGAUCCGUACACCAUCAUCGGUGCAAUAUUUGGCACGGGUUGUAAUGCGGCAUAUGUGGAAAAUGUCGGCUCAAUACCGAAAUUGAAGACAACCCUUCCACCCGAUACUCCCAUGGCAAUAAAUUGUGAAUACGGCGCGUUCGACAACGCUCAUCGCGUAUUGCCGCUAACUAAGUACGACAUAUCUAUCGACAAAGAUUCACCGCGGCCAGGCGAACAGGCAUUCGAGAAGAUGAGCGCGGGUCUGUACCUAGGCGAGAUCUUUCGACUAGUUGCACUUGAUCUUUAUGAAAGCGGCCUCAUAUUUGCAGGGCAAGACGCCGCAAAAUUGAGAGAGCCUUAUAAACUAGACACUGGCUUCUUAUCGGGUAUCGAGAAUGACCCUCUAGAGACAUCUCAAACUCGACUAGAAGAAUGUCUAAAUAUAAAAGUCACAUUAGAUGAGACAAGGGUAGCUCGUCGCUUGGCAGAAGUAAUCGCGGCUAGGGGCGCGAGGCUCUGCUCCUGCGGUGUUGCAGCGAUAUGCCGAAUGAAGGGUAUUACGUCAGGUCAUGUCGCAGCGGAUGGCACUGUCGCAAACAAGCAUCCGAAAUUCAAGCAGCGGUGGGCCGAAGCGCUUGGUGAGAUUCUCGAUUGGCCCGAAGAUAGGCGGGAAGACCCUAUCAUCAUCACGAAUGCGGAAGAUGGUAGCGGUAUUGGUGCAGCAGUCAUCUCGGCCAUGACGCUGUACCGAAUCCACGGAGGUACUCGUCCGCUCGUCAUGGCAUCUAAUAAUGAGAUAUCGGAUUUUGGCAAAGUUGUCGUUGGACAUCUCGAGUAUUGCGCAGAAAAGGGGCCGCAAAAUGAAUCCGAUCAUGCUGACGCCCUUGUUACGACUUCCGAGGCGACUCUAGAAUCAUUCGCCGACCUAGAUGAGAAGAAAAUACUAAGAAAGAUGGACCUCCGCUUGAUUCCAAUGCUCGCGAUUCUAUAUUUGUUAUCUUUUCUAGAUAGAGGAAACAUUGGCAACGCGAAGAUCGAGGGUCUCCAAGAAGACUUAAGAAUGAGUCCUGAUGAGUAUAACUGGUGUCUGACCGUAUUUUUCUUCACCUAUGCCGCAUUCGAAGUACCAAGCAACCUAUUAUUAAAGAAAUUGCGUCCUUCAAGAUGGCUUCCCCUUAUUAUGGUCGCGUGGGGGAUAGUGAUGACAUUGAUGGGCAUAGUAAGGAGUUACCAUGGUUUACUUAUUGCGCGAUUGUUUCUUGGUGUAACUGAAGCCGGCUUAUAUCCUGGGUGUGCCUAUUAUCUCACGAUGUGGUAUUGUCGCCACGAGAUCCAACUUCGCCAAGCUAUGUUUUUCUCGGCGGCGUCAAUAGCUGGUGCUUUUAGCGGGCUGUUAGCUUUCGCUAUUGCGAAGAUGGAUGGUGUCGGAAAUCUCGAAGGUUGGCGUUGGAUCUUCAUCCUUGAAGGAAUAGCGACUAUUAUCGUUGCCGUUCUUGCAUUCUUUGUACUGUACGAUUUUCCCGAAACCGCCUCGUUCCUCACCGAGAAGGAACGAGAAUUUGUCGUGUUUCGCUUGAAGUACCAAGGACAGCUGCAAGGAAAGGAAAGUCCUCAUGUAGCCCAAGCGGAGGAGUUCGAGUGGAAAUAUGUUUUAGCGGCCUUCAAAGACUGGCAGAUAUGGGUUAACUUAUUUGUUUAUUGGGGUGUUGUGUGCCCCCUUUAUGGCAUCAGUCUCUUCCUCCCGACGAUUAUCAGAAAUCUUGGAUACUCUGCAAGUACCGCCCAGCUUAUGACGGUCCCGAUAUAUAUCACAGCGGCAAUCUUAGCCGUUGUAUUCGCAUUCAUAUCGGAUCGUGUAGGAAAACGUAGCCCGUUCGUCAUCUCAUUCUUCUUAAUAAUGAUCGUAGGGUUCUCAAUGUGCGUAUCAAGUACCAAUCCUCGAGUAAUUUACGGGGGUGUCUUUAUAGUAGCCUGUGCUAUUUAUCCAGCGUUCCCUGGCGUGGUCACUUGGCUCUCAAACAAUUUAGCAGGUAGCUACAAGCGCAGUGCUGGAAUGGCCAUCCAAAUUGGCAUUGGGAAUCUAGGCGGAGCUAUGGCAUCGAACUUUUAUCGACAGGGUGAUUCUCCUCAAUACAUUCUCGGGCAUGGCUUGGAGUUGGGGUUUAUCGGUGUAGGCGUCAUUGCCGCAGUGAUUCUGGUUGUAGCAUACACUUCUAUCAACAAGAAACGAGAUAGAAUCAUGCUCCAAGGUGGGGAUAGUCAAUUCACUGCUGGGGAACUAUCCGCCAAGGGUGAUAAGGCCGUCACCUUCCGAUAUAUGAUUUAG